AUGAGUACGGUUGGGUCGCGGCGUUUGCGCCUAGCAUUUUGUUUUUCUUUCAUUUUCUCAUCGGGCUCACCAUGCAGUAUUCUGGGCAUGUACUUGUUCGGUGGUAAGUUUUGCAAGUUCAACGAAGACAAUGGCACCGAGAGGGAUUGUACUUGCCCUGAGAUCAUAUCGAAUCAUCCCAAAUGUGAAUGUGACAGAAAACAUUUUAAUAACAUCUUAUGGGCUACGGUCACUGUCUUUCAGGUGUUGACACAAGAAGAUUGGAACGUUGUUUUAUUUAAUGGAAUGGAAAAAACAAGCCACUGGGCCGCGUUGUACUUUGUCGCAUUGAUGACAUUCGGCAAUUAUGUAUUGUUUAACUUACUUGUGGCUAUUUUGGUAGAAGGGUUUAGUUCAGAGCGAAAUGAAAGACGGGAGCGGGAACAACGGGAAUUGGCAAAAUCGAAAUUAUCAAGCGAAUGUUUUUCCGACAACCACGAAUUACAAUACAAUGAAUCAAAUUCCGGAUCGAACUCGAGUGACAGUUUUUCUCAGAAUGAAAUUAAAAACUUCUGGAAAUCUGCGGAUGAUAUUCGAAAAGCCAAAGACGACCCGAAUAGUAAAGAAAAAGCAAUCAAAUCAAAAAAAAGAAAACCAAAACCCGCAACACAUAAUUCGACGUUAUGUAAAGAUUGUGCCCACUCCAACAAAUGCAAUAUACAAAAGGAAUCUAAAUUGCUAGCGUCGAGUUCAAUUAACGAACACAGCAACAGUACAGUUGUUCCUAUGAUCACUCACACAGCCGCGACACCUCAAGACUCACCGUCCACUACUCUAGAGCCUGGAGCAUCAUUCAAAGAUUUCAAAGUAGCUCUUAGCUUGGAGAGAUCAUCAAUGUUAUCCAGUUUGGAUUCAAUCGACCGAACUUCCUGUACCAGUAUACCAGGUUUGCUAAAGCCUCCAAAUAGUUAUACCCUAACCCUACAUUCCGCGGCAGCCGCUUUAGGGGCCGAAAAGGCCAGACUCCCUGUCUCUUUAGCCCCUCCACCUCUAACCCUAGCACUACCGCCAUCCAGAGCCACUUCACCUGGUACUCCAACAACACCAAAGUCUCUCCCUUCGCCGAUGAUACCGGAGAAGAACCUCCAAGUUACAAUAGCUAAAGAGGGUAACUGUCUCAAUGUUAGCGAAAAAUCCAGCUUGCUGAAUUCACAAAGAAGUCUCAUCAUUACAACACCAACCCCAAAUGGAGAAGAUAAAUGCAGGGUACAGCGUGGAUACAGUUGGAGGUUGUCCAGGCCAAGCUUAAGAAAGAAGAAACAGAGAACAGGCUCAGACUCUGACGCUGUUAUACUGAAUAAUGGACGAGAUCACAUUGCUUGCAAUGGUUCAAGUCUACGAAGAAAUGACAUUCUGCUUUCAUCGUCUAUUGUCAUAAAGAAUGAUACGCAGUCUGAGAUGCCUUAUAGAUCUCGCGGCCAGCUCCCAGUGCGAGUUUUGGCUCCACCAGCGAGAAGAGUUUCCGCCCAUGCAACACCUAUACUACCUGAUGUAUCGUGGAAAGCUCCAGAGGCGGGUUUUUCGUCGGAUUCAACUGUUCGAUUAGAUGCCAAAGCACCUCCCCACAGACUGUCUUUAACUAAUGACCUUUUGACAGUAACAACAGUGUCGGAGGUGAAAGCGAGUAAUUUAAUACCAAGCGGUCAACAGCAAUUACCGCCCCGAGCCCUUAACGAAGCAUUGCCCAAAGCAAAUAACCAACCUUUACCAUUAAUUAAACAAAUUAAUGAAGAGGUGGCGAUAAAUAAUGUCUGUAUAUUCUCAUCGAGAUUCGACCGGAGCAGAUUUAGAUUUAAGGAUCUUUUUCGCUUUAUGGAGCCGACAGGGUGUCUUAAAGAAAAAGAGGAUUAUUCUCUUUACAUAUUUUCUCCGGGUAAUUGGAUAAGAAGAUUUUGCACAUGGAUGGUAACCCGAAGUUGGUUUGACAAUAUAGUGCUACUAUUCAUUGCCCUUAAUUGCAUCACACUUGCCAUGGAGCGACCGAAUAUACCACCAGACUCUAAGGAGAGAGCUUUUUUAUCGAGUGCUAAUUAUGUAUUCACAGUGGUCUUUGCCGUUGAAAUGUUUAUAAAGGUUGUGGCAUCUGGAAUGUUUUACGGCUCUGAGGCAUACUUCACCUCGGGGUGGAAUAUUAUGGAUGGCUCGUUAGUGAUCAUAUCUAUUAUCGAUUUACUAAUGUCUCUAGUAUCAGAAUCGAGCCCGAGGAUAUUCGGAAUAUUACGAGUGUUCAGGUUGUUAAGAUCCUUACGACCUUUGAGAGUGAUCAAUAGAGCUCCCGGAUUAAAACUGGUUGUUCAAACGUUAUUAUCAUCAUUACGACCUAUCGGAAAUAUCGUGUUAAUAUGUUGCACAUUCUUCAUAAUAUUUGGCAUUCUGGGAGUUCAGCUGUUCAAAGGGGCGUUCUUCUAUUGUGAAGGCGCCAACAUCAAGACUGUGAAGAACAAAUCCGAUUGUCUGGCAAUAGAGGGGAACGUGUGGGUGAACAGGAAAUACAAUUUCGAUGAUCUCGGGAAGGCUUUGAUGUCGUUGUUCGUUCUCAGCUCGAGGGAUGGUUGGGUCAAUAUCAUGUAUACAGGACUCGAUGCGGUCGGCGUUGAUCAACAGCCAAUAGUGAACUACUCGGAAUGGCGUCUUCUCUACUUCAUUGCUUUUAUCCUACUAGUGGGAUUCUUUGUUCUGAACAUGUUUGUGGGAGUUGUGGUUGAGAACUUCCAUCGAUGUCGAGAAGAACAAGAGAAAGAGGAAAGAGUGAGAAGAGCAGCAAAAAGAGCGUUACAGAUGGAGAAAAAGAGACGAAAGAUGCAUCAAAGGCCGUACUAUUCCGACUAUUCACAAACACGCCUGUUUGUGCACAACGUUGUUACUUCGAAAUACUUUGAUUUAGCCAUUGCCGGUGUCAUUGGUCUGAACGUUGUCACUAUGGCAAUAGAAUAUUACAGAAUGCCACCCGCACUGCAGUACGCUUUGAAAAUUUUCAACUAUUUCUUCACUGCCGUAUUCAUUCUCGAGGCGGUGAUGAAACUCGUUGCACUCGGCUUCAAGAUUUACCUGAAAGACAAGUGGAACCAACUGGAUGUAAUCAUCGUUAUACUAUCCAUCGUUGGUAUUGUUUUAGAAGAGCUAGAGACUAAUAUAAUACCCAUUAAUCCAACUAUAAUGAGAGUUAUGCGCGUUCUUCGGAUUGCAAGGGUAUUGAAGCUAUUGAAGAUGGCAAAGGGGAUACGGGCAUUGCUGGACACAGUGAUGCAAGCUCUUCCACAAGUUGGGAAUUUGGGAUUAUUAUUUUUUCUACUCUUUUUCAUUUUUGCGGCUUUAGGCGUGGAACUGUUUGGUCGUUUAGAAUGCUCAGAUGAAAUUCCCUGCCAAGGUCUCGGUGAACAUGCCCACUUUGCUAAUUUCGGAAUGGCAUUUCUAACGUUAUUCCGGUACUGUAGACUGUGUGCGUAA